AUGAGAAUAAUGGACAAUAUGGAGCAUAGUUCAGAGGAACUUACAUUAUUGAUGGUAAAGCAAUUUUAAGACACUGAAUGACAUUCCAGUGGGCAGAAAUGUUGAUGAAUAUUUAAGGUAAAAUUUAAGAAUAUUUAUCAAAAUUGAUAGAGGCAUUUAUUACACUGACAUGCACGAUGAAGUGGGUUAGGAAUCUUGGAAGCCAGGGGAUGAGGGUAUAAAAGUGAGCAAGCAGAGACUUACGAGAUAAUGA